GUCCGCUCCCCGCCGAUCCACCGAAUAUUUGCCGGCGCGAGCUUCAACUUCACGGCUUGCUGUUGCCAGCUCAGGAGGUUUUGCAACUUGCGUCGUUGAGCUCGCAACAAAGCCAAUUGACUGUCAUGUCGAACCCAACCCCUCACUUCUGGGCCGGCCCCUUGCGAUACUGCCGAUGGGCAGCCCGAGAGCGACCCGCCUACUUCUGGUCCAUCAUCGUCGGCGGCGCUGGUCCUGCCAUGCUCGUCACCGUGCCGCCCAUCAAUGAGAGAUUGGGCUACAAGCGAGCGCCACCUAUUCCCUUGACGUAUCCAAUUCCGCCAGGCCCGAGAAAGACGUUGAGCGGGUAUGACGAUUGAGGAACAAGGGCCGGUGGACAGAACCUGAAUCAGUAUUGGAGUGGUGGAUAUGGUCAUGGCCUCGAAAAACAUGAACAUGGAGGGUACGCAAAUGUAUAUAUCAAGAAGGCCCCCCUACCCCCACACCGACAUGGUCGAUGACAUAGACCGAUCAAUACCGGCAAUACCGGAAUAGCGAGGCUACUUGUAUCACCAAAAUCACAGUAAAUUCAUCA